UCCCUCCAUUGCGAACUCCCCAGUGCCUCCCCACCCAACGUUACCGGCCGGUCAGCAUCCAGUCCACCGCGCGCUCUGAAGUCUCGACCCUUCCACCCGCCGAGAGCCAACCGGCGCCCGGCCGUUCCGCCGCUCUCUCAAGUGUCGACCCUUCCACGCCCGCACGCACGCACCGUGCUACGAGAGAGCAAGGAAGCAGCAUCGAUCGCCAGGCACGACGGCGGCGGCCGCCGGAGCAAUGCGCAUGGGGAAGUACGAGAUGGGGCGGACGCUGGGGGAGGGCCACUUCGGCAAGGUGAGGCUGGCGCGGCACGCCGACACCGGCCGCGCCUUCGCCAUCAAGAUCCUCGACCGGCAGCGCAUCCUCGCCAUGAAGAUCGACGAGCAGAUAAAGAGGGAGAUCGCGACGCUGAAGCUGCUCAAGCAUCCCAACGUCGUCCGGCUGUACGAGGUUUCAGCAAGCAAGACCAAGAUAUACAUGGUCCUCGAGUAUGUAAAUGGAGGAGAAUUAUUUGACAAGAUUACAUUGAAGGGUAAGCUGUCCGAGAAGGAAGGGAGAAAACUAUUCCAGCAGCUAAUGGAUGCUGUAAGCUACUGUCACGAGAAGGGGGUUUAUCAUAGGGACCUCAAGCCAGAGAAUGUCCUUGUUGACGCAAAAGGAAACAUAAAGGUUUCUGAUUUUGGGCUAAGUGCCCUUCCACAAAAUCAACGGAAAGAUGGUUUGCUGCAUACCACAUGUGGCAGCCCUAACUACAUAGCCCCUGAGGUCCUUCUCAACAGAGGUUACGAUGGCUCGAUGUCUGACAUUUGGUCCUGUGGUGUUAUUCUAUAUGUAAUGCUUACAGGGAAUCUUCCAUUUGACGACCAAAAUGUGGUUGUCCUCUAUCAGAAGAUUCUGAAGGGGAAUGCUCAUAUUCCCAAGUGGCUCUCUCAAGGUGCCCAAGAUAUACUGCGGAAAAUCCUGGAUCCUAACCCAAUCACCCGCAUAGAUGUGGAUGGAAUAAGGGCACAUGAUUGGUUCAAGCAAGGUUAUGCUCCUGCUGUGGCUUUUGACGAUGAUGAAGAUAACAACAUGGAUGAAGGCGCCCUAAAUAUGUCCGAGCAUAAUGACACUCAAGAUAACAUAGCAAUCAACCAAAUCAAUGCUUUUCAACUCAUUGGGAUGUCCUCCUGCCUUGAUUUAUCUGGAUUUUUUGAGAAAGAGGAUGUUUCUGAAAGGAAAAUCAAAUUUGCAUCAAACUAUUCCCCAGCUUAUUUAUUUGAGAAGAUUGAGGGCAUUGUCACAAAAAUGGGUUUCCAGGUACAGAAGAGCAAUGGCAAGCUAAAAGUGAUCCAAGAUUGCAAGGGACCAGCAAAUUCAAGAGGGCACGAAUCAUUAUUAAUUUCUGCUGAGGUGUUUGAGAUCAAUGAAUCUCUUUAUGUUGUUGAGCUAAAAAAGUCAUCUGGAGACUGCUCCCUAUACAGACAGUUGUGUGCAACUCUAACAGAAGACUUGGGAAUAUGCAAAAGCCAGCAGUUUUUGAAGCAAGAUUCUAUGAGACAAGACAUAGGUCGAUAUAAUAGUAGCUUUUAGCAAAGGGCCCCUAACUAACUUGUAUGACACGAUUUUGUAAUUUAAGCUUUAAACACAAAUUAACACAAAUGAUACACAUUAAAGCAGUAUAUUGACCAUACACCUAACAAAUGUACCCUCCUGGGUGUCGUUAUUCAAAGCAAUUUACGCGAGGGACUUUCUUUGACAGAAUAUAUAAUUUCCUAUGUCAUGAAUUUAACCCUUUUUUGGGUCAGUCACUCAGUCAUGAAGUUAACCUUAGAGGCUUAGAUUACAACAGCAGACAAUGUAUGGAACUGCUCCCAAGGGAAAAUAUGAUGUAAACAAGUAAACUGUACAUAUGAUAGAUUCAGAGUUACCUGGUC